GUUGGUGWUAAGGUUUAGGAGUAGUAGUUAAGAUGGAACCCGAACUGGUGAUGCAAGGAGAACGGGAGGGCAGAGCCCAAGUCCCGGGUGACUAUCGUUUGGAGGAGGAAAGAGCAAGGGAAAUGAUAAGGGCRUGCUAUGAGGAAGGCAUCUUACCAACAGACAUUGAUCCAGGGGUGAUGGAAGUGUCAGGCAGGGAAGUCRAGUUUAUUUUGAAUACCACGCUGGAUGAAAUCAAGAUUAAGUGGCUGAAGGAGAGGACGGUCACCGUUAUUUUUCGGCACGGUGCCCACUUUCUCCCAAAGAAGGUCAAGGAGGACGUUGUGAGAGCAUAUGAAGAUGUGUGGAUGCGGGACAAAACCUUCGGGCAGGAAUUCAAGCGUGGAAGGAUUAAAGUUGAAAGCCCGAAUGUGGUUUCGUACGUCCCAAGGGCCCAAACCAUUUCCGAUUGGAUGUUGAAUAAGAAAACAGACUACAUCGAUCUGGCUGGCACAACAUAUAGAACAAAGUUCAAGCCGUGGUUGACAAGAGCGGAGAUUAGGGAUUGGAGGCAAUUUAUUGAUCAAGACACUUUCUGGAUGGUGGCUGCGGGUGUGCCUCUGGACGAAAUGCCUUUCCUCCACGUACAUGUGGAGAAGGCCAUUGGGAAAGUGUUGAAGCAACAUAAACCGGAAGCAGAUAAAUUGGAUCCGAAGUUGGUGAACUUAAGGUUUGAUAUCGAACCGGCGAGCAGGGAGAACAUGAAGGACAAAAUCUAUGUUCAAACAUGUCAAGGGGAUGUGCUGGAAGUUAAACUUGCAAAUGCUGACUCAGCAUGGUGCAAAAGAUGCUGCACGUUUUUCCACACGGAAGACACGUGCAGAAGGUCGGAUCGCCGAAACCAAGGUGGGGCUCGUCCAAGUCAACCACAAGCUUCGUCAACACCUCGGGCAGCGGAACCGCGAGAGGGGUAUGUCGGCAUCCUCAGGGCUCCACGUAUUUCGACAAGUCAACCCCCUUUCGGGGUCCAACACGCGGCGGCGGGCUCCAGCCUUCCUGAAGGGGCAGUGCUGCGGAGUAACCCGGCUUUCUCACCAGGUGCUAACCAAGUUCUGCCUCAUGUGGGUGCAGGAGGGGCUCAUGGUCAGGGCAAUGAAGCGACCUCGUCAUUGGAUACUAUGUGGGCGGCUUUUCUGCAAAAUCUACCUUCGCAUCCAUUCACAAUGGCGCCAUAUGGAAUGUCGUGGUCAAAUAUGCAGUUAGGCACGAGCCCCUCGGUAGAAAACUUACACGCYUUUAUGCCGUGGAAUCAAGGCUUGAUGGGCUGGCCUCAGGGUAUCCCCCAGGGAGGUUUGCCUCAGACCGGCACAACACCGAUCAGGCAUCCUCAAGAGAGAUAUCAAGCUACUAGUCCGGCAUUGUCCGGAUCCAUGACUUCGGGUCAGAGCCGCCUUCGACAACAAGGUGAAUCCCCAGUGAAGCAGCGAAGGUUGAGCAAUACAGGUAUAGAUAUCCAAGUAGAUGAACUACGAGGGGAAGCCUCGGGAAGCUCUGGGGGCUCACAAGUACGAUCCUCUGCAACAG